GUGCUACACAAGUCAAACACCAUCCCAGGAGACUGAAUGUGUUGCAGGCCCGAUGGAGGGGACAAAUGUUGACGACUCUAACGAAGGGAUCAUACCCGUAGCCGAUGAUGUUGACAAAAUUUACCCACGUAGUCCAGGUAUAAGGCUGUGCAAAUAUACAGAGCUUAAUUUUAUCCUUUUUAUGUGAUAAAUCAUACCUAAUAGACUUGGGCACAACCAAUUCUAAUGUAUCAAGCGUGUGACUUGUAGGAGUCCAUAUUACUCCCUCGGAACUGAUGAUAUUUGAGACCGAUGGUGAUAGCACAUAUGAUACACCAGGUAUAUGUGUACCUCCAUGUAUAUGUUCGGCUACAUAUUUUCUUAUACAUGUCAAACACCAUCACAGGAGAUGUUGCAGGCCCGAUGGAGGGGACAAAUGUUGACGACUCUAACGAAGGGGUUAUACAUGUAGCCGACGAUGUUCACAAGAUUUACCCAAGUAGUCCAGGUAUUAAGGCUGUGCAUAUAUACAGAGCUUACAUUUGUGCUUUUUAUGUGAUAAAUCGUACCUAACAGACUUGGGCAGAACCAAUUCUAAUGGAUCAAGCGUGUGACUUGUAGGAGUCCAUAUUACUCCCUCGGCAUGGAUGAUACUUGAACAGACCGAUUGUGAAAGGACAUAUGUUCAUCAACCUUCCCAUCUGAUUACGGGUAAGUAUUAUGUUGCUGAAAGGUUAACACCAUGUGCCUACAACUUUGCCUUAUUUCGGUCCAAUAUUUUGUUAUGUUUACAUGAUGCAGACAGCCACCCAAUCUCAUUCCUAUAUACUGUAGAUUCAUUGCCGGCUCUCAGUAAUCUGACAAAAGAACUAGCUAGCAUGCAACGUGAUAAAGAGGAAAAGAGGCCGCAGAAUGUUCCACACCAUCCUCUCAGUGAUAUCACUAAUGCUUAUCAACCAUCCUCUAUGGACCUUGACGAAAAAAGAGAGUUCAUAAAAUCUCGGAGGCGAGCUGCUUAUCGAAAGAAAAAAGAGGAGGCUACCGUCAAGCAACAAGAUGAAAAUCUGUCUGCCCUUACGAUAUCAGGUAAGAAUGUUUUAUGUGUCGGACUACGAUAAUAGUAUAUAUACUCCCUCCAUUCCACAAUAUAAUGUUAAUAUCCGACGAAAAAUGAUGAGGGUACCAUCAAUGUACAAGCAGAUGUGCAAAAUGUUACCCUGUCCCCUCUCGGUGAUAUCACUGAUGGGUGUCAACCUACCUCAGUGGACCUUGACGAGAAAAAAGAGCAAAUAAAUGCUCGGAGGCGAGCUGCUUAUCGAAAGAAGAGGAGGCUACCGUCAAGCAACAAGAUGGAAAUUUGUCUUCCCUUACGAUAUCAGGUAAGAAUGAUUUAUGUGUCGGCACUGCGAGGAUAGUAUAUAUACUCCCUCUAUUCCAGAAUAUAAGGUUAAUAUCAAUGUACAUGCAGAUAUGCAAAAUGUACCCCUGUUACCUCUCGGUGAUAUCACUAAUGGGUGUCAACCAACCUCGGUGGACCUUGACGAGAAAAAAGAGCAAAUAAAGGCUCGGAGGCGAGCUGCUUAUCGAAAGAAAAAAGAGGAGGCAGCCAGCAAGCAACAAGAUGAAAAUCUAGCUGCCCUUACGAAAUCAGGUAAGGAUGUUUUAUGUUUCAGCAAUACGAUGACCGUAUAUACUUUCUUAGUUAAGAAUGUAGGCGACACAUGUUUCCAUGCAAUUCAAUCCCAUGAAUAAUUGACCAAGAAUAGUGAAUAAAAUAAUUGACCAAUAGUUGACCACUGUGUUCUACAUACAAUUCCUCAUCAUUUAUGUUGAAGUAACACAAAUUUGGAAAGUCGAUAUAGGUCAGACAUACGACUUUUGAGUCCAUAUUUACACUUUAUGUAUGGGCACGGAGGGAUUAUUUAAAUAAUAAUCGUUAGAUAAAGAACUAGCUUCAACCAGCCAACCCAACUACGUCCAGCUAUACAUCAUUGUUUAACCAGCCCGUGCAGCUAUAUAAAGUAAGUGUGAGUCUACUACAUGAAUUCUUGUUGAACAAUGAAGACCCUAAACCCUCCGUGCAGAUAUCCAAAAUGUUCCCCUGUUACCUCUCGGUGACAUCACUAAUGGGUGUCAACCAACCUCGGUGGACCUUGACGAGAAAAAAGAGCAAAUAAAGGCUCGGAGGCGAGCUGCUUAUUGAAAGAAAAAAGAGGAGGCAGCCAGAAAGCAACAAGAUGAAAAUCAGCCUGCCCCGUUGCCUCCUUCAACUGCAUCUGGUGUCAUUCAUGAUAAAAAACAAGCUAGGCGUCAAAAUGAUAAAGAACGCAAGCGUAACUUAAGGUUAAGGGACGGGCAAAGGGAGCAGGAAAAUGCGCAGAGGCGAGCAGAUUAUCGGAAGAAUGUGGAUAACGGAAUGAUUGAUCUUCAACAAAAAAAUCAAAAUCAAAGAGAAUGGCGCAUGCAACACCGAGAAAGCAUGACUUCUGAUGAGAUGGGCGAGUCGAGUGCUCAGAGAAAGGCAAAGUAUGCUGCAAAGAAAAACACUCUGUGUGCUGAAUCGAUCGCAAUGCCGCGUCCAGAUCUAACUAGCACAAUGUCUGACUCUCACGCAACACCUGACUUUCGGUCCACAUCUGUGUGUCUAGAUGGGGGCCCUGCAAUGAGUAUGCCGACGUACCCUGUCGGUACCGAUGGUAAGAAUUGGGUACUGUCACUCUUCUACACAAAUUUUCAGUUGUACCGUCUCUUUCUUACCAUCUCAAUGAAUAGGCAUCAUGUGCGAGGAUCAUGCUCCUACCGUCAAGGCGGCCCCCACAUACAUUCGCAACAUCGAAACGGAUGGUAGUUAUCCCAUCAACGGUCAUCUUUCAUUUUGUAAUCAUUCAUCAGAUAUUUAUAAUGAUUCAAAAAUGUUGCAGGUGCCUAUCUAAGCAGAACCUUAGGUGGUGCUGUAGAUGGCAACCUCAGCAAAAUCAAUGAGCACCUAACAAGUGCCGACCAGCAAACCAAUGAUCCGCUAACAAUAGCGGAUAAUGGAGCUGACCAGCAAAGGCAUGCGUCCAGAGCUCAGCCUAGGACGAGAGAGCGAUCUUGCAAGGGAAGUAUGGCGGCGAAGAAGCGUCAGGAGAAAAUUGGCAAGCGGAAAUCAUGUACGAAGGUGCCACGUGGUGAGAGGAACGCCCUGCUAGAUCGUCGUAAUGAAAGCUUUGCAGGUAGGGUGAAGACCCCGACUGUCAGGUCCAUCUCCAUACCGGAAAUGAGCUCAACUGGACAACCUACCGUAGUUGAAGCACACGGUGCCUCAACCUCAUCUAGCACGCCGGAGUACACUAUCAGAAGUGAAGGUAACAAUCCCAUCCUUACUCUCCACGCGUCCCUUGAGACUGAACCCUCAUUUAUUGGUUUCGCACUUGAGCAGACGAGAUGGACGCUUACCUUAGUCGUCUCAUGACUGAUAAUGUCAACCCUGACAACCUCUUUGACGAUGAGUAUUACCUGUUUGCUGGUGAAGGCUCAGAUGCUGAUGACAUGGAGCACGACGAAUUGGAAGACUCAAGUCACAAUACCUAUGUCGACCAUGAUCCACUGGACUAUGUCUACUCAAACCUCCCAGACCACACACACAUCCUGAAGCACGCGGCGAACUGCGAUCACUGCAAGGCCAAGAAGUUUGUGUCCGAGGCCCCGGGAUUCUGCUGUCGCAGUGGGCAGAUCGAGCUGAAGCAACCGGAGCCCAUCCCGGAGCUAAUGAGGCUUUGGUCUAGCAUGGAUGCGGACUCAAGGCAUUUUCGGGAGAACAUACGGUUCUUCAACGGCCACUUCUUCACAACCCUCGGCGUCAGCCUCGAUGAAAGCUACACAAACAUGAAGUCUGGGGUGUACACAUUUCGGGCGCACGGCACCAUCUACCACAAUGUUCAUUCCUUCGGGCCAACAUCCCGUCCAGAGCAUCUACAGUUGUACUUCUACGACGACGACCCAGGCCUAACCCAUCGCAAGGCUGCCACCGAGCAAUUAGACCAGGAUGUCGUCAGAAAGUUAGUGGACAUACUCAGGGAAAACCCGUACUCCCAGCAGUUCAGGAGUUUGGGUGCGCACAGGGACAACCUCGACGAUUACAGGAUAGACCUCAACACUGACCAGAGACUAGACCAACGGAAGUAUAAUAGACCUCUGUCAUCUGAGGUCGCUGCAAUUUGGGUGGAGGGCACUGACCUAGCGAAGAGGUUCGAUCGUAGGAUUACACUUUGCGGGAAUGACAACCAGAGGCACAGUAUACAUGUGACGGCUGGCUCGUAUGACCCGCUCUCUUACCCACUCUUCUACCCAAGGGGGGAGCUCGGUUGGCACCCGAAACUACCUAAACGUGACGUCCCUUGGCCGGUUGUGCAACAACCAAGAGGUAGACGUGAUGAUGAUGAUGAGGAGGAUGCAGAGGGGAAUAGCAGGUUAUACGUCUCGGUGAGAGACUACUACUGUUACAUGCUCCAGACACGACCUGGGAUAUUCAAUCCCAUACUCUGUGGAGCACGAUUGCUCCAGCAAUGGGGGGUGGACAUGUACAUCAAGAUUGAGAGUUGUAGGUUGAAAUGGUACAGGAAAAACCAGACAAAGAUCCGUGCCGACCUGUAUAAAGGAGUUGUUGAUGCAAUUACAUCCGGCGAGACCCGGGCAAGCGCUGUUGGCGUAAGGAUAGUGCUCCCUGGAACGUACCCACGUGGCGACCGUGACAUGAAGCGGAGGCAUAUGGAUGCCAUGGCAAUUGUCCAUACCUACGGGAAGCCUGACAUCUUCUUGACCAUGACCUGCAACCCUAACUGGGAAGAGAUAACGAAUGAGUUAUUUCCUGGUCAGACAGCGCAAGACCGACCUGAUCUUGUGGCUCGUGUGUUCCAUGGCAAGCUAGAGGCUAUGAAAGAGUUGUUCUUCAAGAAGAAUAUCCUGGGUGUUGUCGCACAUGUAUAUGUAGUCGAGUUCCAGAAGAGGGGCCUCCCCCACGCACACUUUUUGUUGAUCAUGGAUUCUACCUAUAAGCUUGUCGUUCCGGAGCAGUACGACCGACUCAUUUCUGCCGAGCUCCCAGACAAGCAGAAGUAUCCUGAACUCCAUGCCUUGGUGGUGAAACAUAUGAUGCACGGACCAUGCGGUGCUCUCAACCCCAAAAAUGUGUGCAUGCAACAGAACGAGUGCAAGUGCAGAUACCCGCGGCCGUUCAAUGAAAACACGGCACAGGGCAAGGACUCAUACCCAGUUUAUCGUCGUCGAGAUAAUGGUCGGCAGGCUAAGGUCCGGGGUAAAAUGUUGGACAACAGAUGGGUUGUGCCGUAUAACCCUUACCUUCUGCGGAUGUUCAAUUGCCACAUCAAUGUUGAGGUUUGCUCCAGCAUAAAGGCCGUCAAAUACCUUUACAAGUACAUAUACAAGGGCCAUGAUAGGGCUUCUUUCAGCAUCGACCAGCCCGACGCCGAUGGUAACAUUGAUGAGAUCAAAAGAUACGUAGACGCGAGGUGGGUUACUCCUCCAGAGGCGAUGUGGAGGAUAUUUGGCUUCCCCUUGUGUGCCAAUGACCCGCCUGUACUAUAGUUGCCC